AAAAUAAUGUCGAGCCUCCCGUCGAAGAAAAUUCUUGACGAUCUCUACACUCGAUUUGUUGUUAACGGCCCCGAGGAAGAAAAACAGUCUAUUAAUCGGCUCAUGUUUCUUGUAGAGAGUGGUCACUGGUACUACGAAGAUAACGUUGUCGAAAACGACAAAACCCUAAAAUCGCUGUCCUUUAGAGAGUUUACUCGUCUCUUAUUCAACAACUCCGAUGUGUUGAGACCUCACGUUGCAAACAUGGAUAAGAUAUUCAGAGACUUUGGUUAUUACAAGUCUCGAAUCCCGGUCGCUGGUGCGAUUAUAUUGGACGAGACAUGCGAGCGUUGCUUGCUGGUCAAGGGAUGGAAAAAAUCAUCGAACUGGAGCUUUCCACGAGGGAAGAAGAAUACGAACGAAGAAGAUGAUGUUUGUGCUAUACGCGAGGUCCUUGAGGAGACAGGGUGUGAUGUCUCGAAGCUGCUUAAGAAAGAAGAAUACAUCGAGAUUACAUUCGGAGGAAAGAAGAGAGUGAGGCUUUACGUUGUGGUCGGUGUGAGAGAUGAUACAGCUUUUGCACCGCUAACGAAGAAGGAGAUUAGUCAAAUCUCAUGGUUUCGGCUUGAUGGGCUUGAAAGUGGAUUCGCUGGUCUCAAGUUGUUUGAGGUUGCACCUUUUCUAGCAUCCUUGAAGUCGUGGAUAUCAAAGCACAUGUCUCCUCUGAGCAUUGACAAGCACCUUAAACCACCACUCUGCGUGUGGACUACAACAAGGAAGACAAGGACAAAAAUAACAGUAACAUCAACGGAAAGAAGAUGCAAUGUAAAACCUUGGAAACAGUCUCUAAAGGUCAACAAGUCAGCAAUCUUGCAGGCCUUGGGAAUUUGUUCUUGAGUAGAGUCAGUCAAAGGGUGUGGUCGGAUUGUAGAGCAAAAUAGUACAUGAUAUCUACUUUUCCUAUUUGGUUUGUUGUACAUGAUUAUAUUGUAUAUCCAGUAGUAAAUGAAACCAAGCUUUAUUCUUUAUUUUUAAAGACGUUUUUCUUAUUAAUUUCAGAGCAAGUAACAGAAAUAUACAUACAAACUAUAAUAUAGAUGCUUCUAUGGAGAAUAAAACUUAGUUAUGUACAAUCAAAGACCUUUUAUCUUCAUUGCGUGGAGCAAAGCUAGCUUAAAAGAGAAACGAACUUACUGUGUCUAUACAAGUUUGUUGUUGCUACCUUUUAGUGUAUAACUUUUUCGCAGACAAUCUGAAUUACAAAGGCGAUCCGCAGAGGCAAAUAUGACGGGUUAAUGUACAUUGUACAUAUUUCAUGCUCAGAAUAGGAUAUGAUGCAAUGCUUGUUUUGGAGUUAAUUCUAAUGCGGUUUUGAAGUAUACUCUUGAUGCUAAGCCCAUGAUGCUAUAUACUAAAAACGGUGAAGGUGGGAUACGUUGGUGAAGGUACUAGAAUUUGUUUUAGAAAACUAAAAAUCUGGCAGAUUCAGGUUUCGAACCUAUGACCCUUGCGUUUAUUAGCACGACGCACUAACAAUCUGAGCUAAUAUUCAGGUUUCGAACCUAUGAACCUAUGAUUAAAAGAAACUCUCCAAGGGAAGGAACUACUCUAGUGAUAAGUCCCACAAAGGUAGUAUCAUCAAACUUAACUCAAACAGAACAUCUAAAACC